UAGGAUUGACAGAAGGGUAAAGAGUUGGAAAGAACUACGUUGGGCAGUGAGUAGAUUAAAAGGGAAAAUACUGAUCUCAAUCAUAUUGAGAUUGGCUUGGAAUGUAUGCAUUUCCUAAUUUUGGAAGGAAAGGAAUAAGAGUAUAUUCAAACAAAUGAAGAAAUCAAUAAUGCAAUUGGUUAAAAGAAUACAAGACACAAUGCGACUACAGAAGAUAAAUAAGAUGUUAGGCUAAGAUUUUGUAAAGUUUUUUAAAAACUAAUUUCGAGUGAAGAAUUUUUGUGUUGUACGAUAUUUUAUAGUACUUUAAAGCUAAAGUUUUAGAAAAAAAAAAAAAGAUAAAUUUUUUUUCUUAGCAAUAUUUCCAUCCAAUUUUAUCUAUCUGCAGAUUUUAUUUUAUUUUAUUUUUUGGCCAAUCGUAUGCAGAUUUUUUGGAAAGCAAUUAAAACGGAAAAAUAUGUUUUCCCCGAAACCAAAACCAAACGACCUUUAAUAUUUUCAAAUAAUUCUUGUUUAAUGCAAAAAAACUUUGCACGACCAAAUCUCGGUUUUAUUGUCAAAGACAUAAUGAUAUAACACUUUUGGUAAUAGCUAUCCAUUUCUAUCACCUGCCCCACCUUCUCAGGCUAGGCUCUCUUUCCCCUCGCCCACCCCCCCUUUCUUUUUUCUCGACGUUUCUUCCUUUUCUUGUUUUUAUUUCUCACCCACUUGAGAUUGAUUCGAUGCUGCGAUAAAAAGGAAAAAAAAAAAAAAGAGAUUCCCAGUAAAAUUGUAGUCAGAGGCCUUUCAAGUCUGUCCUUUUUCCCAUCUUCAUCCAUUUUUUUUCUCGUCAGGUACUGUUGUUAUGAAAUCAUUUAGUCAAAGGUUUCCAUUGUCUCCAUUGGGGGUUAUCUUUACAAUGUUUUAUGGUAAACCUAGUUUGAGCAGAUACUAGAGUUAAGUGCAUAUUGUAUGCAGAGUGGAACGGAAUAUUUCCCUUAAGAUAAUGGAAUCUACCAUCAGCAGCAGUGACUCAAUUUUAGAGCUACAACCAGGUUUGGAGUUUGAAUCACAUGAAGCUGCUUAUUCAUAUUACAAAGAAUAUGCCAAGUCUGUUGGCUUUGGCACUGCUAAAUUGAGCAGUCGUCGUUCCAGGGUGUCCAAGGAAUUUAUUGAUGCUAAAUUUACAUGCAUAAGAUAUGGAAAUAAGCAACAGUCUGAUGAUGCUAUUAAUCCUCGGCCUUCUCCAAAAAUUGGUUGUAAAGCAAGUAUGCAUGUGAAGAGAAGGCAGGAUGGAAAGUGGUAUGUUUAUAGUUUCAUAAAGGACCAUAAUCAUGAACUUUUACCAGCCCAAGCACAUUUUUUUCGAAGCCACAGAAAUGUUGAUCCACUUAAGAACGAUGUUGGAAGGAGGCGGAAGAAUGUUGCUGCAGUUUCUAAACCAUUUAGUGUCUACCUAAAUUUUGACUUUUUGGAAGGUUAUAUGAGAAAUCAGCAUGAUAAGGGGCGGUGUUUGGUUUUAGAAGAGGGAGAUGCUCAAGUACUUCUUGAACUUUUUAUGCACAUGCAGGAAGAAAACCCAAAAUUUUUCUAUGCAGUUGAUUUGAAUGAAGAGCAUCGAUUGAGAAAUGUAUUUUGGGUUGAUGCCAAAGGCAUGGAAGAUUUCAGUAAGUUUGGUGAUGUUGUGUCUUUUGACACUACAUAUUUCACGAACAAGUAUAAAAUACCUUUGGUACUCUUUAUUGGAGUCAAUCAUCAUAUUCAACCCACAUUACUUGGUUGUGCAUUAAUUGCAGAUGAAACAGUUUAUACUUUUCUUUGGCUGAUGCAAACAUGGUUUGUAGCAAUGGGGGAAUGUGCCCCACGAGUGAUGCUCACUGAUCAAAAUAAUGCCAUAAAAGCAGCUGUGGCAGCUGUCUUUCCUAACACACGUCAUUGUUUCUGUUUAUGGCAUGUCUUGGAAAAACUUCCCAGGCAUCUUGAAUAUCUGAGCCUGUGGCAUGAUAGUGUAAUGCAAAAUUUUAAUAAAUGUAUUUAUCAGUCUUGGACUGAGGAGCAAUUUGAAAAAAGGUGGUGGAAGAUGGUUGACAAAUUUCAUCUUAGAGAGAUGCAGUGGAUUCAGUCUUUGUAUGAAGAUCGUAAACAGUGGGUACCUGCCUUUAUGAGAGAUAUAUCUUUUGCUGGAUUAUCUACAGCUUUACGCUCAGACUGUUUGAAUUCUUCAUUUGACAAAUAUGUGCAUGGGGAAACAUCAUUGAGGGACUUUAUAGAACAGUAUAGAAUAAUUCUUGAGGACAGGUAUGAAGAGGAAGCCAAAGCUGAUUUUAAUGCAUGGCAUGAGACUCCUGAACUGAAGUCUCCAUCACCUUUUGAAAAACAAAUAUCACUUGUAUAUACACAUGAAAUUUUCAAGAAAUUCCAAGUUGAGGUUUUGGGAGCUGCUGCUUGUCAUCUUAAAAAGGAAAAUGAAGAUCAGUCAUCCGCAACAUAUAGUGUUAAGGACUUUGAAGAUAAUCUAAAUUAUAUGGUGGAAUGGAAUCAAUCUAAAUCAGAUAUAUAUUGCUCAUGCCACUCUUUCGAAUACAAGGGUUACCUUUGUAGACAUGCUAUUGUUGUGCUCCAGAUGUCUGGUGUGUUCAGCAUCCCAUCAAAGUAUAUUUUGCAACGGUGGACUAAUGCUGCCUUGAGCAGGCAUCCAAUCAGUCAGAAAUUGGAUGAGGUUCAAUCUAAGGUCCGUCGGUACAGUGAUUUGUGUAGACGUGCCAUAAUAUUAAGUGAAGAAGGUUCGCUUUCUCAAGAGAGCUAUAAUCUUGCAGUAUCUGCCAUAAAAGAAGCUCUGAAGCAAUGUGUUAGUGUCAAUAAUUCGGUUGAGAAUGAUGUCAUACCUAAUACCUCAAUGGUUCAUGCUGUUUCUGGUGUUGAAGGACACAAUCAAUGUGUUAAUGCUCCUGAAGAAAAACCUCCAGACCCAAGAAUGGCAAAUACAAUCAAGACUUCACAAAGUGUUGAGGCUGCAUUUGAGAGGCAAAUUAAUGAGAAUAAUGCAACUAGAAAAGGAAAGGAGGUAUCUCUUGCGGGAGCUGCCAACGUUGGGUCACAAGAUGGCUUUCACCAAAUGGAGCUGUCGGACAUCAGGCCUACACCAUUGCAUAACGUAAUGCCUGCACAAUUACAUAAUAUGGUGCCAACUAUGUUUACAAAUGUUGCAUCAACACAUUUUCAAAACGUGGCUGCUACACAUUUGCAUGAUAACCGACUCCACCGGUAACUUAUAUUUUACCUUCAUUUUGUAAAAUAUCACCUAAAGAUAAGCUACUUUAGGGUUGCAGGAAGAGCACUUAAUCAUUUUGAAAUAGCCUUGACUUCACCACAAGGUGUAAUACGACUGAAAAUUCUCAUGUUUGUGCAUCUGACGAGUCUUUUACACAUAUUUGAUAGCUUGCUAAUUUCAUGAUUCCUACCUCGUUCGUCUAUCAUAUAUUAACAUACGUUGUGGUGGACAAGUGGUGUUUUGUCAAUUUGCGUUCAGACUUUUGGCAAGAGAAGCGACAUAUUGUGUUUUGGGGAAUUGCCUGCCAGAGAGCUGCAAUUUUUUUUAUUUUGCAUUUCUGUAGAGCUGUACUUACCGGUUCUUUUUUUUUACACCGAUGACUGACAUUGAUUCACAGUGCGCAAAUGACCCUCAAAAAUACAUUUUUGAAUAAAACAUAGUAAGGUAUUUCUUAUUUGAUUUGGGUAACCCAGUGAGACAAACUAUAUGAAUCGAUAGAAUGAUAUUAGGUGAAGAACCUGGUGGGAAAAUAACCAGAAUUUUGAGUCAGUUCUAAGGUUUGGUCCUAGCAAAUUAGUUAAAAUUGAGUUUUUCCAAACACUCAAGUGUGUACAUUAUUGCAUUGGAAGGCAAUAGUUGCUUUGUGUCGAUAUGUUGAUGCAAAAUCCAGGCUUUUUCAUAUUCUUUAUUUAAGUAUUGAUAAUGAAAAAGAUUAGUCAAACAACUCUAUAUUGUACAUAUUUUCUGAUGUAAAAUUGAAAAUUGCACGGAAUGAGUUUUUUUUUUUUUUGUAACUUGUUUCAUGCUUUUUUUUUCUUUUCCCAUUGACCAUUUCUAGACUUAUCCAUGGGUCGGGUGGCCACUACACCAAUGGGAUUACUAUGAAGUUGGACAAUUACUCCAUGUAUAAGAUGGUAUAAAUUAAUUAGUAAUUAAUAUUAUUUUAAAAAAUAGUAAUUAAUAUCAAUAAGUAAAGAUAGAAUGUUUUGCAUGCAGUGGUAUCUUUCAUUUUCAUGCUU